UAAGUUCACAUUCUUUCCCCCUUCCCCCACCACCCCAAUAUAAACACUCUGCAAAUAUACAGUCUAAAUUCUUCCUCCAUUCUCUCUGCCAGUUUUUUUUUUUUUUUUGGAAAAUCAAGAAAGCAGAGAUCUAAAAAGUAUGGGAUGUUUUCUUGGAUGUUUUGGUUUUACCAGCAAGAAACAAAAGCGUAUAAAGCCUUGUAACAAGUUCCAAGUGCACCAAAAAUAUGUACCACUAGAUUCUGAGAAGGACAAUGCUGCAGAUUCUCCAAAUUCUGAGCCAAGGGAUAAGCAUAAGCCUAAAGAAUCAGCAAAACCUAAGGUAAAAAAGAAAGUGAGCUUCAAUUUGGAUGUUAAGACUUAUGAGAGAAUCCAAGACGAUGACUACAACACAACAUAUUUCUCAGAGGAAGAGGAGAAGAAGACACAAUGGGAAUACAAUGAACAAGAAACAACAAAAGCAAGUAUGUCUAUGUACCCUUCAAGCUAUCGAUAUUAUAACUGCAACAAUAGCUACGAUGACGAGGAAGACGAGCUAACACUUGAGGAAAGUGAUAUCGAUGAUCUUGAUGAAGAUGAAGACUAUGGUGUUAGCGAUGAAGAUGAUGAUGGUGGGGGUGAUGAAUAUAACUCUUUGGAUAUUGAGAAAGAAAACAAGUUUGGAAAUGUUGAAAAACUGAACAAAGAUGAAUCAAAUGAAGUAGGCCAAAAUCAUAGGAAUUCUGUGCUUCUUCCAGUUGAAAAUCUCACUCAAUGGAAAACAAUUAAAGCAAGAGGAGCACAUCAAGUGAAGCAUCAGAAGGAAAACAUUAUCAAAUUGGAUGGAAAACAAGAAUUGCCCUUGAUUGAUAAACCACCAAACCAUUUUGUGGACCUAAAUCCCAAAAAUAACUCUAAGCCAAAGCCUCAGGGCCAUGAAAUUUCAGUGGAUGCCAGUCUCUCAAACUGGCUUACACCAAGAAAAACAUCAGUAAAUGGCUCAGCUGUUUAUUGUAUUGAAGAUACAGCAAAAGAUCAAGUUGUGCUUGAUGAAGUCAAUUUCAUAUAAACAAAGUGCAAAGAAUGGCUUAAAUACAUUUGGAUUGAUGUGUGUGUAAAGUAUUGAUUGUCUUGUGCAUGAUUUGUGAGUGCAGUGUGUUGUAUUCUCUUCUCCGCUAGAGAAAAAAAGACAUAAAAUUUCCAUCCGGAGACUUGUAUUUGGUUGAGAGCAUAUCAUAUGCAUGUUGUAAUUCUUUAUUGUUACAAAAAGAAAACAGUGGACAGAGGAAGAAAGAUGUUACAAAACCA